AUGGAUCCAAGUGAAGAAAGUAUCCAAACUAAAGGAUCAAGGGUAAACGGUAAAGAAUGGAAAGAAGAAAAGAAAGCAUUCAGAGUCAAGAGUUUUGGUGUUAAGAAUAAGAAAUUCACUGAUUUUCAAAGAAGAAAUGAAAAGAAACAACAAGAAGAUAACUACAAAGCAAGACUUAAAGAAUUGAAACAAGAAAAAGAGGACUUGAAAACUCAAAGAAUUAAUGAUUUGAAAAGAAGAAGAGAAAUAAAGGCUGAAAAGGAAAGAUUCGAAAAGAUGGCUGAAAAGAUGAAUAAAAGAAAGAUUGAAAGAUUGAGAAGAAAAGAGAAACGUAAUAAAUUAUUAAAAGAACGUUAG